CGAGGCCAUGUUGGCUUGGUGGUGUAGGUUUGGGUGUUGUCGUGGGUUGGGAGAAGACGUAUCGUGUCUCGGAGCAAAGGAUUGGAUGUCGAAUGGCUGGUUUGAUGCGAGUUUGGUGUGUGGUAGCAGGUGAGGUCUUGUUGAUUGCUGUCGUGGUAGAGCUCCAAGCUGCGCGAAGGCGACAGAG